AUGGAAGAAAUCAUGGCCCAGAAGAUAGAUGAUGCACUAUCCAAGAGAAAGGAUAGACAGACGCAGAUGGUGUUGGAGGAAGACCUGUUCGCCCCUAAGAUCAUAGCGGUCCCAUUGCCUAAAGGCUUCAAGCAACCCAUGAUCGAAGCAUAUGACGGAGUCACAAAUCCGCUUGACCACCUGCGGACCUUUGUAGACUUGAUGAGACUUUAUGCCGCCCCGGACACUGUGAUGUGCCGAUCCUUCCCCUCCACACUCAAGGGGAAGGCCAGGGACUGGAUAGCAACCUUGGCCCCACGGUCUAUCAAGACGUUUGAUGAGCUCUCCAGGAGUUUUGUGGCUUACUUCCUAAGCAGCAAGAGGAAGAGGAAGACAACCAUUGGGUUGAUGCAGGUCGUACAGGAGAAAGACAAGUCAUUGCAGGAAUACUUGGCUAGGUUUAGUCGGGCUACUCUCGGCAUAAAAGACCUGCAAAUGUCCGCAAUGGUUACUGCCUUGAUGAACAGAACGCGAAAUCGAGCCUUUAAAAUGUCACUCUCCAAAAACUACCUAGAGUCAAUGCAUGAUCUAUUGAAGAAGGGAGAUAAGUAUGUCGAUGCGGAGGAAGUGGAGAAAGUGACCAAAAAUCUCAGGGAUGGAUGGGAGACGGAAGCACAUAAGCGAAAAGCGUAUGAUGAGCGAAGGCACAAUGAUAAGAAUAAGCCAAAAAAUGAACGCAUGAAUAAGGGUUAUGCCCAAGACCGGUCGGUCAAGCAGAAUCAAGAGGAGGCCAAGGCACCCAUCCCUUUGAACAUCCCACAUACGAAGUUAUUAGUGGAGAUACAGCACAUGAAAGAGCUCGAAUGGCCUAAACCGAUGAUGACUUCCUCCAGCAAGAGAAAUCAAAGUAAGUACUGGCAUUUUCACAAAGAUCACGGACACGAUACAGAAGAAUGUCUACAAUUGAAGGAAGAAAUAGAGCACCUGCUAAGGCGGGGACUAUUGGCCAAGUAUGUAAAAAACGAUAAGGGCCGACAAAGGCUCGAAGGAAUACCCCAGCAGGAGUGA